ACACACACACACACACACACACAGAGGACCAUCCCAUCUUGUUCAUCCCAUCCACAUGCUGUAACAGAGAACCAGAAGGAGAAACAGAAGGACACAGAGGAACUUUAUUCUCUUUAGUUUCUAUUCCACUUCCCUUCACUGAUCUUCUCCGUGAUGUGUACAGGAACAUGUUCUCGGUUUGUUGCUGGGGGUCUGUACCCCCUGGCCCUCAUCUCCAUUAUCUGCAACAUCAUUCUGUUUUUUCCUGACUGGAAGGUGACAUACGCCAAGGAUGGAUACUUAACCGAGGAAGUGAAGUACAUGGGAGGACUGGUCGGAGGAGGACUCAUGGUUAUAGCUCCAGCUCUGUUUAUUCAUGUCACUGGGAAGAAAGGAUGCUGUGCUAACCGAUGUGGGAUGUUUGUGUCCAUCCUGUUUGCAGCAGUAGGAGUGUGUGGCGCCAUCUACAGUUUUGCAGUUGCCAUGUUGGGACUGAUUAAUGGGCCGUACUGUAAAGUGGUCCUGAUGUGGAUGACUCCAUUCAAAGACAAAUCAGACAGUUACCUGAAGAACAGGGACAUGUGGGGUUUGUGUACUGAACCGAAGAACGUGGUGGAGUUUAAUGUGGGUCUGUUCUCCACUCUGAUCGUCUGCAGCACUCUGCAGAUCAUCCUGUGUGCAUCUCAGAUGAUCAACGGCCUCAUGGGCUGCAUCUGUGGAGCCUGUGUGGAUAAAGGGCCUCUGUAACGUGUGUGACGUAACGAGUCGAGGAACAGUUUCAUCCUGAACGUGUGAAUAAUGCGAGUGAAUCUAACACACGUCUGUUCCAGCGAUCAUCUGCCUGAUCUCUUUUUCUCCUGAUAAUCUGUUCAGCUUCAUUUAUUAUUACUGACGUUUAAACUCUUCCUUUUAAUAACCACAAUAAAGCUGUUUAUAUUCAGAGGAA